UACCGGAUGUGUACUCAGUGGACUGGAAUCUCAGAAAAAAAAAGCUGUCAAAAUAUCUCUGGUCUGGGGCACUUCACAGCCACACCAGCCUCUUACGUUGUUAUUUAUAUCGCUCCCCAGUUAGGUUUGCAUCAAACCUAAUAUAAUAAGAUAGAAUGGAAGAAGGCAUUUUAACAACGCUGAAGAUAUUGAUAAUCGGAGAAAGUGGUGUUGGAAAGUCAAGUCUCCUAUUAAGAUUCACAGAUGACACAUUUGAUCCAGAUCAAACUGCAACAAUCGGUGUCGACUUUAAGGUGAAGACCAUCAGUGUCGAGGGCAACAAAGCCAAGUUGGCAAUAUGGGACACGGCGGGCCAGGAGCGCUUCCGAACCCUGACGCCCAGCUACUACAGGGGAGCCCAGGGAGUCAUCCUGGUGUAUGACGUGACACAGCGCGACACCUUCACCAAGCUGGACAACUGGCUGAACGAGCUGGAGACGUACUGUACGAGGAACGACCUUGUGAAGAUGCUGGUCGGCAACAAGAUAGAUAAGGAAAACCACGAACUAGACAGGAACGAGGGGCUGAAGUUUGCGCGAAAACAUUCCAUGCUUUUUAUAGUUGGCGUUGACCUUCUGCUCGUGCGUCUUGUCCUCCCCUCGCCUUUGUCGCGGCCCAGAGGCCAGCGCCAAGACCCGGGACGGAGUGCAGUGUGCCUUUGAGGAGCUGGUGGAGAAGAUCAUCCAGAGCCCCGGGCUGUGGCAGAGCGAGGGCCACGGCCGCGUCCACCUGACCGACGAGGACGCGGGCGGAGGCAGCUGUGGGGGCUACUGCUCCCUGGUGUAGACGCCACACACACACACAGAGAAACACACACACAAACACAAACACACACAAAUACAUGAAUACACGCGCAGACGCACAUGAAUACACUCUCAGACACACGCACAUAAAUACAUGCGUGCACACACACUCGUGCACACACACAAUACACUCAGACCCACACAAACAUGCACACUCACACACAUGGACCGCACAUGUACAAAGAUUCUGGCGCUAGACGGGUGCACAGACGGACGCUGACAAACACUUGAUGAAAACAGAAAAAGGAAAGGAAAUCCCUGCAGCCCCAUUGUGUCUGUGUGCGUGAGUGAGUGUGUGCGUGUUGUCCUAAGCAGAAGUCCAUCCAUAAACAUUAAAGACUCAGACUGUGGCACUUUUCCCUGUGACUCCCAAGAUGGGUCCUGCCUCUUAACAUUCACCAGCCGUGCUCAUAUACAGUGUUCUCGUUUUUUUGGGGGGGCCGGGGUGUUUUGUUCAAUCCCCUCACACUGCCUGAUGUCAGGCAGUGCUACAAACUCCUCUGAAAAUCUCUCGCACCCCUUCCUGGCAUGUGCCCCGAUUAAUUAGGAAGCCUUUGCUUGGUCAUUUGUUUAGCAUUUAUCUGUCGAAGGACAGACUUCCGUGUUUUUUUUGUGUGUUCAUUUAUUUUUAUUUUUGAAAUGCUAAAAAGGGAAUCCAUUCAAUGUUCAUUCUUGCCAAUCUAACUUGUCAUUUUAACAUUGCUUUGUUAUUUUUGACCAAAGCCUUCCAUAGUGUCUCCAGCAUGCCUUUUAUUGUCCUAUACACACCCGACCCCAGCUCUGCAUGUUCCCUGGUCUCUGCCCAAUCGCAUGCCUGAUGAUAAUGCAAACCCCGCCCCCCACCCAUCCUUUUUCUUUACAGCAUAGUCGGGUCCUUUAAUUUUUUUGGAGGGACAGUUUACAAUAAAACAUAACGAUUCCAAAGCUUCAUCACCCGCUCUUGGAAAGGCUGCUCGUGAAUGGAGGACUGGCACGGAUUAGCUCUCCCAGUCAUGUCAGGGGAAUAAGAGAAGCUCAAUAAAUGGCACACUUUUUUUCUAAGAAAGAUGUUGCUUUAAUGUGGGGGAUCUCAUGCUGGUCUUCCCUUGUGUCACACCCCCCCCCCCCCCCCGCUCUAGCAGAUAGCGUUGGUAAAAUAUUGGUUACUCCGACCAAUGGUCUUUUUCAUAUUGGGGCCUUUUAUUCGCGACUGGACUUAGACAAAAGGAAAAAGUGUCCAAUAUUAAACAGGAUAGUGAGUCAUAGGGGUGUUUCCAUUGGAAUAGGGAAAAAAAAAAAAUCAAACGAAACCCGCUAAUGGGUUUACCAGUGCGGCUGUCGUCGUGCUGGUCUUGGGGAGGCAGAUACAAAUGUACCAUGGCCCUGACCCAUGACUGUUUGUAGUGACUGUGUUUGAGUGAUUGUCGCACGUCUGCGGAUUCCACGAAAUGUAGGACUGCGAGGCCGUCUCCUCAGGACAGGGAUGUGGACGAGGGCACAGAUGCCUUUGUGUCUAGUGAAAAUGUAGACGUUUUAUCGGCUUUUAAAACUGCAUGGAAAAUACUUUUCCUUUUUGUUUUGCUGUAUAUGUUUGCUGUAUAUGUCAUUACGGUGGCUCAUACAUUUUUAACAAUAGGGUAAGUUAUACGUUAACAUUAAAAACAAACCUGUUUAGAUUCUUAUGUUGACUCUUGUUCAAAGUAGAACUACAUUUAACUUUCAUCAGUAUAGACUUCUCUUUAUCUUGUUUAUAAUCCAUAUGUAAAAACAAUAUGCAGACUUUGUAAAACCAUGUGAUUUGAGGAAUCUUUCUGAAAUCUGUCCUGUAUAAUUUGUAAAGCUGUGCUUAUAAAUAUUACACCAUUAAAAUCGGCCAAUGUAUUAAACUCAAUAAAGUGCUUUUUCAAAACGA